UCGUCCACAAUGAUCUUCUCGGAUCUAGUCAGAUCGCCCCGGACGACAUUCUCUAAAUUCCGCAACUCCCUCCCACAUGGCGUCCCACCACCACAGGAUCUCAACGCCGAUCUUGUAAUCCGAGACAAGGCUAAGAGUAAGGAGGCCGUGAGGAAGUAUCUCGCCGAAAAGGUGCGCAACGAUUGGGUCUUUACCUGGCCACCGGUGGAAUCUGCUCCGUCUGUGCCAGAGGAUCCCGCCCAGGCAACAACAGAGAAUGGCGCACAAGAACAGACUGCACCGGUAGCGCUCGUAGCCGGAGCGGACGCCGACAACGCUUUAAGAGACGCGGGAGAGGAGGCAGAUUCGGAAUCAGACGCCGAAUCGGUGUACAGCACCUUGUCAGAUGAUCCCACCAGCUUCCGGCCCCGGGCAGAGUGGACGUCAGAUCUCUCAGACGAUGAAGUGGCCCCUCCCUCAGCUUCCCCCUUUCGCUUCGACAGCCCUGAAGCCGUGGGGGAAGCGGUGCACAACACCAUUGAGGCCAAGCGAGCGCAGCGAAGGAGAGCCGUAAGGGAGGAGGUGCAAUGGAACACCGGGCUGGCGUGUUUCGAAGCUCGCCGCAACGCCUGGACCGGCGCAAAGACGGUUCGGGUAAAACCGAAACCACCGACCCCGGUCUCGCCAACGACGGGGCGCCGCCUGUUUUGGCGGCAGCACAGGACGCAGUCGACUGGCUCUCAUUCUGCUGUGCUGAUGGCGAGCUCACCAUCCAGCGCCGCUUCUCCGGUCUCGUCGACAGCGCCGCGGUCAUCUACCACCACAACUUCCGAUUCCGACUCCGCCGGAGUUCAGAGGACCACCUCUCAGGAGUCGAACGCCCCCGUCAUUCUUUAUCCCAUUCACACCGUCGUACCAGUUGGGGCCCCUCUACUCCCGCCACAAAACCCCAUGCGCGCCUCGAUCCAACCUUCUAUGUACAGCUCCCUCUACGACAAGGUCGUCGUUCAAAGCCUACAGCCUUCUUGCCCGAUCAACCUCAGCGACAUGCUAGGCGCCUGUGUCGUUGGUUGGAAGCGUGACGGCGAGUGGCCCCCACGAUCCGUGUAUCCCGUACCAGCGCCCCUGCCCGCUAUCAUCCCGCACGCAGAGGCGCUCUCCCUUCGCCAGCGAAAGGCCCAGCAGCAGCGCCACAAGAGCACUGCGUCAAACGCGACAGCCACUUCAGGACGGAGGCUGAGUUUGGUGGGCCUGUUUGGUUCAGGAGGGGGGAGUAAAACGACAGGUGCGUCAGCUACGGCGCAGGAGGUCAAAGAUAAGGAAAUCAAAGAGAACGCCGCUGGCUCACAUUCGCAAUCUCACUCAGAUGAGGGAGCCGGGUCGGGUGGCGCGCUGCGAAGGAGUCUGCGGAAGGUGUUUUCGCUAGGGCAACACGGUCAGCCGCCGGCGGGCACGCAGCAGGCGGGUGGGGGAAAUGAGACUGUGGCCCAGUCGGUUUCGCCAACGAAUCCGGCUCCGGCGAAGGAGAUUACCGCUGCUAGUUGA